CGUUCACCCCCGCCGUCCUCACUUCCAGUUUCACCACCCACCCGACAGACGACGCUUCUCUAGGUUUCACGUGCCUGCUCAAAUGUAAACCUUUCGCCACCCAUUUCCACUCAACAUGGUCGCUAUUGCCACGAUGAACAGGACUCUCAGCACCGCCGCCCCGAGCGCGGGUGGCAGCCUCAAACGCAAACAAACCGACCACUCGUCCGACGCCGAAAACACUGUCCCGAAUCAACUCAAACGCCGCCGAGUCACAUUCGAUCCCGAAGUCGACGUACGCAUACUGAGCGAGCACCAUGAGAAGAGUCUGGAGCUAGUGGGGGAGGAGGUGCGGCGAGCAAUAGAGAAGCAUGCGACAGGCGAGAAGGCAGCCUACGACGGUCUCAAGGCCCUCUUCAAAGAACCGCCGACAUCAACAAGUGCACCGCUAUCACGACUCUUGCAAAAAUACGUCAUCGCACUCUCGGAACACACGCCAAAACUCGACAGUAACUGCAAAGGCCUGGUGCACGCCGUCAUCGAUUGCAGCUGGAUUGCGCGCAAUGAAGACUUCCUACGCUCCUACCGAAUCUUUCUGCGCAGGCUGCUCUCGGUUCAAUCCAGCUACAUGUCUACUGUGCUGCAGAUGCUUGUCGACAUGUUUCUGAACACGCCGUCCGUCAAUGCUAGGCAGCAGGACGACCCGCCCAUCCAAAGAGUACGCCUACAAGCGCGCAUACACGAGACCCUCAUGGGAAUACUAUGUUACAGUCCAAUGGCGAGUUCCUUCCUCGCACCCGUCAUCUCCAGCACCUUCCCAUUUUCCAACGACAGCGCGAAGACACACGUCGAGUACAUCCGAAACAUCUUCAGGGUCACAGAGUAUGCGCCAGAGAUCAAGGGCGAGAUUUUGGCACUUGUGACUGAUAAGCUGUGCAAGAUCGAUGCGCAGAUGCAGGUGGACAUGGAUGACAUGGACGACGACUUGGAGGAGCAACUGGUUGGCGACGCCAUCAAUGACGAAGAAGACGACGACGACGACGCGAGCGACGACGGUUCCGUGUCAAGCGAGGAAAGUCUGGAUCCAGAGGAGCAACGACUCAAGGAUAUCAAAGACAUGAUGCUCAAGCUCGAUACCGUCAUGGACGUACAAUUCUCCUACUACGACUCAAUCUUUGAACGGAGAGACCUUCAAGAGAUGGACCGCACAUACCAAACCCUUAUCGCCCAAUUCCAGUCCAUCAUCAUCCCAACCUACCGCUCACGACAUACUCAGUUCGUGCUUUUCCAUUUCAGUCAGAUGUCAACGGAUUUCGUAGUGCGGUUCGUGGAUACCUGCUCGCAACUAGCUGUCGACCAAAAUCGACCCCCACUAAUACGAGCAUCUGCAUGUGCCUACCUCGCCUCCUACAUCGCGCGUGGCGCUCACGUUCCAGGCUUUGUGGUCCGCGAUGUUUUUGACACACUUUGCUCGCAAUUGGAGCGUCUGCGUGUACUGCACGAACCAAAGUGCAUCGGCCCGGAUCUACGCCGGUAUGGCACAUACUACGCCAUCGCACAGGCACUAUUGUAUGCCUUCUGCUUCCGGUGGCGCGACCUCAUUGUCACGCCCGACGGCACAUUGCCUACUGAUGCAGACAUCAUGUACCACGAAGGCGACUUCCAGUGGCACCGAUCAACCCUCGAAAUCGUACGGCGUAACAUCUUCUGCAAACUCAAUCCACUCAGAAUCUGCGCACCAGACAUUGUCAAGCAGUUCGGCCGCAUUGCUAAGCACCUCCGCUUCACUUACGUCGAUACCCUGGUAGAGACAAACAAGCGUGUGCGACUCUCUCGCAGCCUGGCCAGUGGUUAUCUCAAUGGUAUUGGCGGCCGAGAGACUGCUCUCACUGGCAAAAAGGGUGAAGAGGCUUUCCUAAUGGAUGCGUACUUUCCAUUCGACCCAUAUGUGCUUCCGCGCAGUAAGCGCUGGGUCGAGCACGACUACGUGCAAUGGCGGCCCGUACCCGGUAUGCCAGUAGAAAAAGACGACGAAGAUGAGGACGAUGAGGAUGAAGACGACGACGACGAUGACGAAGAUGAUGCUGAUGACGACGAUAGCAGCACUUCGGAUGAGGACGACGACGAUGACGCUAAUGUCGCAAACCCCGAGGACCUCGACGAUGGUAGUACGGAGGCUAGUCUAUGAUCGUUCCCUCAUACAUUGAUUGCAUUUAUGGCGUAUACAGGAGCGGGAAAGCAUUGAAAUCAGCAUUUUGAUUCGGCGCUGGUCACAAAGAACGAAAGCAGCCUAUGAUUGCUUAUCUGGUCGCUGGGCUUGUUUGAAAUGGCCUGGUUAUAUGUUUGUCGAUUUCUGCAUGGAUUAGCGUUCAAUUUCUUGCAUGGUUGGUUGCAUUUUCCGUCAGUUGACUGCCUAGAGUGCGGCACAUUUACGUUUGUACCAAAGAGAGAAUGAAAUGAACAACUUAACAACAAGUUUUGCAUCUUUUGUAGGUCAUCCGUCGGCUAUGGUAAGGUUCUCGUCACCGAAACCGGCAAUGCGGAUCUGAACAACGACUGUGCAUUAUAUGCAAGGUCCAGACAGCGCGGUGACCAAAGAUGGAAAGAAUCUGUAGACGCGGUGACCGAAGGGGGAAGGACU